CAGAGCCGAUUGCUGCCUCCAGGAGGCAGCUGAAGGAACUGGAUCCAGGGAUGUCAGUAUCUGUCCAGCAGUUGUGCGCGUCUUAUAGGGGAGUAACGGUUGCAUUCUGAGUCUCAGGUCCGUACGAAGCAAGAAUCACACAGGUUCCAACAUAAACGUAUUUAAUCCGGAGCACGAAACUGGUUGCUUCUAACGAACUUCGUAUCUGCACUAGGUUCAGUGACACACGAGAACAUGAAGAUCGGCGUCUCUGAAAACGUAUUUCGGACAUCCUUUCUAUUGCCACUACUAUUUGGUGGGUGCCUAUCUUCGAAAAUAUUGGUGGUUGCUCCCACUCCAUCCAUUAGCCACCAGAAGCCGUUCCAAAUCUUAACAACAGCUCUUCUACAAAGAGGACACCAAAUCACAUUCUUCACCGCUAAUCCAUUGAAGAAUAGUCAUGAGAACUUAACAGAAAUCGACUUAUCUGUGGGGUACAACAUCAUUGGCGAUUUGGACCUGGAAUGUACAGCGCAGCAGUCCCCCGUGGAAACGAUGUCAAUGCUUCGAGACGCCACAUCAGUGUGUGUGCAGUGGAUGCUGAGGGAACCCGCCGUCCAGAGUUUCAUCAGUAAGAGAGACACCUUCGACUUGGUGAUCAUGGAGCGGAUGCCAUACCAGGCUUUCUUCGGCCUGAUCCACAAUGCGGGCUCGCCGCCGCUGGUGGGUAUGAUCACGCUGCCGGCGUUCGCGCCCGUCUACCACGCCAUGGGCAACCUCGUGAACCCGGCCUACUCGCCCGACGUCUGGGUCGGGUACUCGGACCACAUGAGCUUCUGGCAGCGCGCGUACAACGCCUACUUCCAGCUGAGGUUCUGCUACAUGUGGCACUUCCAGAUACAGCCGGCCCAGGAGGCCAUCAUGAGGCAGUACUUCGGACCGGGACCGCCGCCAGUGCACGAGACGGAGCGAAACGUGAGCCUCCUCAUCGUCAACAGCCACUUUUCCGUCGACUACCCUCGCCCCCUUUUACCCAAUAUCCUGGAGAUCACUGGUAUCCAUGUGCAGACGCAGACGAAGCCAUUGCCGAAGGAUAUCCAGGAGUUUAUUGACGGCGCAGAGCACGGCGUGAUAUACAUGAGUCUGGGAUCCAACGUCAAGAGCAGCGGAUUGCCGUGGCAGAAGGUCCAGGCUUUCCUGGACGCCUUUCGGGAACUCCCACAGCGCGUCCUCUGGAAGUGGGAGAACAAGACCCUACCCGGACAGCCACCAAACGUGAUGGUCAGCAAGUGGUUGCCUCAGCAGGACAUACUAGCUCACCGAAAAGUGCGCCUCUUCAUCACACAGGGAGGCCUCCAGAGCAUGAACGAAGCGAUGUAUCACGCAGUUCCCUUCCUUGCCAUUCCGUUCUUUGCUGACCAACCGUACAAUGUGGCCAAGAUUGUGCAAGCAGAACUUGGAGUCUCUCUGCAAUUCAACGAUCUCACAAAGGACUCCAUACUUCAACAUUCACGUGCUGUUCUAGAGAAUCAGAGAUACAAAGAGAACAUGAGGAGGCUGUCGUCGAUAUUCCGCGAACAUCAGGCGGACUCUUUGGAGCGCGCCGUGUGGUGGGUGGAGUACGUGAUACGUCACAAGGGGGCCCAGCACAUGCGCAGUGCUGCCCUCGAUCUGCACUGGUGGCAGCUCCUCCUGUUCGACGUCAUCGCUUUCAUCUUUCUGUCAACGUGCGCCGUUGUGUACGCCGCCUUCUACUUCAUACGGCAGAUCACCGUUGCGAUGAAGAAUACUAAGAGAAAAGAGAAAAAACAGUUGUAAUACGCUACCUCCAACCGCAGCACCAAGUGGACUUACCCGUGGCCGCCAGAACGUUGGUCGUCGGUGGGAAGUCCUGAAACCCUUCUAUUGGAGAUAUAACAACAAAAAUUUGCAUAAGCUAUUUUCAGUAUAUUUUGGCAUAACUGAAAACAGUAUUGAGUUCCAGAAAAAUGGGGACACGUUGAGGCGAAUGUCAUUUCUUUGCCCGCAAAAUCGAGGCGAAGCCGUACACCGAAAAUAGAUUUUUGAAGAUAUCGAAGAAUAGCUACAUAGGCUGGUAGAAAAUUCAAUUUAGAAUUACAGCAUCAAAUUUCGAGCUCGGUCGUAUGCAUCGUUCUCACGUUACAUUUCCCGCCAAUUUCAAAAAUACAGUUUCGAGAGGAGCGCGUUUAAAGUUUUAGGUUCCACUUCUCUAGUUAAGUUAAACAUGCCUCUAAUCAGCGAUUUAUGGAGCAUACAGCAAUCCCUCCAGAUCCAAAAUGAGGUCCUCCUCCAUUUUUCCGUGACCAUGGUGGUCUUUCGGGCCUCUUGGGCAGCUUCUGUCAUCGGCUGCGCUGUUCGUCCAAUACGCAUUCAGUCCCAUUUUCUGCAAAAGUUGUAACAGCUUGAACAGUCGUUCGGUCCAGGCAGUUUUUUUCUGGACUGCAAAGGGGCAAGCAUUAUUGGUGAAUACUACACAACUAGAUUAAAGCAAAAGACAAGCGAUUAGUUCACUGGAUGCGGAUUCGGAAGGACCAGGGUUAGAAACCACUUCCAUGUGAGAUGAUGUCCAGACAGUUCCCAUAAAGAGGAAAUGGCCAAAUUUAUUUCCUUCCAUAUCCAAACUUACCCUCACUUUGGACUUUGGCUGUAAUAACCUUGUCGUCCACUCACUACAAGAAACUCUGCACCAAAACGUAUUGCCCAGAAAGAGAUAUUCACGUUAGAGUGAUCCUUUUGCAGCCACCAAGCGAGGUGAUGCUGAUGUUUUCACACUGGACUCUCACUAACUAUAACGACGGCUCAAAUCCGCGUCCAUCAGUCCACAUGUAAGUUUUGCGUGAUUUCCUCAAAUUGCUGUAGGCAAGUGCGGCAAUGGUUCCUUUGAAAGGGCAGGGCCGAUUUCCUUCUCAUCCUUGGAACAAUCUCACGUUGUGCUCCGUCUCUUUGUCAGUCCUUGGUUGUUGUGAUCGCAAUUGAAGUGGCUUUCACUAAAUUGUGAACUAAGAAGUUUAAUUAGUGUUUCCUGAAGAAAGCGUAGCUAUUGGAUUGAAAUGAAAAGAAAAAAAUAAUUUAAAACUAUGGCAGGAAUGAGAUAAUGAGUUGAGUAUUCAGAUUACUUCUAAUGUUUAUAAUAAAAUUGUUUUGGGUGGAUUGACAAGGUGCUCACAACAUUUCUCACUCAUUCAACAUGUAAAUCAAUUUUACACAUAAUUUAUUCGGCUUUUAUUAUAAAUUAUGUAUAAUUUUGUGUAAGGAUGUCAUUUAUUGCGAACAGUACUCAGCAGUAUAUUGUAAUUCCAGAGGAAGAGGACAUUCGCGAAAUGUAUCCUUUUCCUCUAUGUUUAUUUUGGAAGAACUUUUUAUUACGUUGUAAGUGUUCAUAAAUGAAAAAUUUCUUUUCCAUUUCUGCAUAUAACGUUAUGCAUAAUCAUUACAGUUUGAUUCUUUUAGAAUUGUUGUUGAUAUUUCAUCUUUAGAGAAAUUAUAAAGCGUUACAUAUGUAAAUGACGACAAAUGAAAUGCAAGAGAGAAAAGAUAUAGCUGUUAUUUAUUAUUAUAUUUCAUGUAUUAUAUCCAACUGGACACUUCUGUGUCUGACUCAGUAUCAUAGGCUGAAUAACAAUGUACACAGAAUUUACUCAAAAAAAGGAGGGAGCUAUGAAGUACGACAGUAAAAGUAACACUUGCUAAUGGGAAAAGAAAUGAAAUAAUAUUGCCAGCUGUAAAAUUCAACUGGAACAGAUAACCAAAUAAAUGAAACUAGUAUUAACGUUACUUAAAGAAUAUACAGCUUGUAGCUGAAUGAAGUUAUUACUUAACUACCAGUUGUUUAUAUACGUUAUCUGUCAUACCUGUCUACCUUGUUACUACUGAAUAUGUAAUACCUCCAUAAUUCCUUUACGAGCCUUUAAGUAGGUGAUGUAGACAAGAGAACAGUCAAUCCAUACACUGAUAAAGGUUCCUGUAGGCUUUAUAUUCAGACUGAUCUUGACGCACAUGUAUUUAAAUUAGAUUGCUUGAAGCCUUUGUGGAUAGCUGACGCAUUAUG